AUGGAAACUACAACCACCGCAACGUCUGCCGCAUCUGACGACGAUGUAACGACCAGCAGCACCGGCCACAUGAAGGUCGGGAAGCAUGUGUGCCCCGAAGAGUUCCUGAACGCGUUCACGCCCAUGGAGUUCGAAGAGAUUGCCCACUUGUUCGACAAGUACGACAAUGACGGCAGCGGCGAGCUCGAUAUCCCGGAGAUAUCCAGACUCAUGUUGGAGAGCGACAUGGAAUACGAUGAAACAAGCGCCAGGAAACUGCUCGAAGAGCUGGAUGGCGACAAGAGCGGCCUGAUCGAUUUCCAAGAGUUCUGCGCCUUCAUCGCUAGGAUCAAGGCCGGCGAUUCUAAACUGAAAGGAUUUGCGGUACUCACGGAGACGCUCAACACGACCUCGAUCGGUGUUCUAGAAGAGCAGUGCCUGCAACGCCACCUCAAGGUUUCCUACGAUAUUGUGGAGGAGAGGCCUGCGACGGCGAUGUGCCCCGACAAGCACGUCGUCAUGGAGGUCCGGCUUGAGGGCGAGUGGAUGGAGCCAUCGUCCGAUGGUGGUAUCACGAGGACAAUCGGGCUGCGACGGUUCCAAGGCAUCGGAAAGAGCACCCGAGAGGGGAGAAUGAACGCCGCGGAAACUGCGCUAAAGAAGCUGCGAGACAUGAUGCCCGGACUAGACGUGGAACAGGGGGUUAUCCCCAGGGCUUGGGAGCGAUGGCUCAAGGAUAACGCCAGGAAAGGCGUCGAGCUCAACCGCCUGCUGGCGCAGCUGCGUGCGAAGGGCUUCGCACCGUUUGCCAACCCGGAAGUGAUGCAAUGGGCGUUGGCGACUGGCGGACUGGACCGGUUGAUUGAAGCUCACCCAAACGGAGGACCCACGGUAGAAGGCGGGGCGGACCUUAGGCCGGAAUGGCGAGCUUGGAUCGACCACAGCCUCAGCACCGGGCUGGACGGGGCUGUCCUGCUAGAGGUGUUGCGCGACAGAGGAAUUUCGACGCGCAGGAUGGAAGGGUACGCCCAGCGCCUGCGAAGGGGAGAAGGGAGCACGGGCGCCGAUUUGGUGCGGCCGAGGCUUCUGGACUUUUGGCAGUGUUGUGAGUCAGGGCUCUUGUUCGAGGUGGAGCUUUAUCUCUCUGCGGGCCAGCCUCCCGACGCCGGGGCCCUGCACUUGCCACGCGGGGCCGUCAGCCUGCCGCUAGCUCUGGCGGCUGCGAGGGGUCAUUGCGAGGUGGUGGAUGCCUUGAUAUCAAGGAAGGCCGAGGUCGACGCAAAGGAUCUCAUGGGGCGGACGGCGCUGCACCAUGCCGCCAAGCAUGGGAAUGUCGAGGCCUGCAGGUACGCCAAGGCCGACUGUUGCGAGCUUUUGGCAUUUCAUGGCGAAGAGACCGUUCGGAAUGUGGUCAGCGACAGGAUACCGGUGGCCGACAAGCCCUUUACAAAGAUCAUGGAGGCCGCAUUUCCCCGAAUGCUGAAAGACAGGCUCAGGUCGAACGAGACACACCGCUUCCGCAAAGAUUGGAUCUACGACGCCGCGCUGUGGUGUCGAGAUCAGAUGCACCCUUCCAAGAGAGCCAUGCUUCUUGAGCCCAGCCAGGAACUGGUGGACUACGUCGUUGGUCGCUUUGACCCGGAUCCCGACGCAGGUUUCUGGCAUCUCAACGCCGGGCAUCCUCCGACCUUCAUUCCUUCGGUUGUUGAGCCUUGGCAUCUAUCUACGAUGCUCAGACACAUCUUCCGCCUCUCCGUCUGCAGCUCCAAAGACAGUCGGGGUUGGUCGGCGCUGCACCAGGCAUGUGUGGAGAACCAUGUCUGUUCCCAUGAGGAAACGAUCCGGGUUCUUGUUCAACAUCAUCAGCUCAAUCUCUUUCAGACCGACAUGAACGGAAAGCUGGCGGUGGAGCUCCUCUUCAAUUUCAGGGGGGGGAGACUGAACACGCCGUCCGGUUCCAGGGAGAAAGAGGGUCUCCUUAUGGAUCAAAGGAGAGAUAUCCUGGUAGAGGCCCGCAAGAACAAGGACGUGGAGGAGGAAGAAGAGAAGGAGAGGGGUAGGGUGGAGACGUUGCUCAAGAUUCGCCAGAAGUCCGUCGACAUGGAGCCCGAGUUGUGGCUGGCCGCCCAGGAGGCCAGCGUUCAUCUGCGGACCUUGGGGGGAUGGAUGGAGUACCUGGAUCCGGAUACCAUGAACCGCUUCUUCUAUCAAAACGAGCUGGUGUUACGCGUGUCCGAGGAUGACAGCAAGGGCAAGGAAGAAAGCGUGGACCACUUCCAGUGGGAAAAGCCGGAGGAGUUCGCUAAGUUUGAAGCGGUCUUGCUAGGAUGGGCUUCCGUCAUCAACAGCUCCGAGUUUCUGAGGACAACGGCGGGGAGGUACAAUUCCGUGCUAGACAGGGCAUCGGGGGUGGUAUUCUACGUGGACACCUCUGAUGAGACCUGUCUGCUCAUGCCCCCUCGAGAGGCGGGCAUGACCUGCGGGCACCGGGGAGCGUCCGGUGGAAGCUGCGUCUUCAGGGACCGUCCAGUGGAAGCCGUUCCCCCCGUAGACCUAACGGCGGGUGACCACCCUAUCUGCACUAUGGACGGAGACAUGGAGAUGUUCCGCGUCUGCGUGGCAUGCGCUCGCAACUGCCACAAGGGCCGGCUCGGCCACCGGACUCGCUUCUGCAAGCUGUCCAACACCCGCUGUAUGUGCUGCGAACGAGGAGAGGGUAGCUGCUUGUACUUCAGCAAGAAGAUAUGUCGCAGAAAAGCGGACACCCCAGUGGUGGAAGGCUGGAUGGCGCUCCACGAUCCGGAGCUACCUGACAGGAUACAUGGGCGGUCGGCCGGUACGGAGGAGUUCACGUUGCCGGACGAGCACGAUUUACCCAAACCAGAACCUCUGGAAUGGGAAUUCCAGAAGGGCCGGCUGCAUAUGAUGGGGACGCCACUGUUUUUCUUCCACGAAGAUCGGAGAGAAUGUACUUGGGACCCCCCACCAGAAGCCACCCUUACGAACCCGAGCUGGUCGACAUUUUCUACAACGCUGGGGGGCGACGAUGAUCCAGUCACCUUAGAUACUCCUCCAUCUCAGGCAGCAGCUGCAGCACUAACCGCACCAAUCGACGGGAUGAUCGCUGCCGACGAGGACCCUACAACAGAAGUCGCACCACGGGAAGGUGUUUCUUUGGGCGAUGGUGACAAAGCACCGCAUGAUUCCGCCAGCAGUGCUCGUAAGGAUGGGAACACCGCGGCGGCUGUGCCCUCAGCCGCGAUCACUGGGGCAGUUGGUUCCACGGUUGCCGGGGAAAGCGCAAUUGUUGAAGCCAGGGCUGGUUCUGAUGUGUUCCCCCCAGGAGAAGGCUCGGCGGAAGUGCAGGUGUGGUGA